CCCUUCGACUCCCCCAAACCUCUCUCUCCUCUCACUACGGAGGGGCCCAUCUGCAAAUUUUCCAUUAUUUAUGAUCUCAUGAGUCAUCCCAUUUUUAUUUCUGUUUUGGCUCCUCUGCUGCUCUGUAGGAGAUUGGGACGUCGGAAGAUUCAUGAGAAUUAAAAGCUCCUUUGUUUUCAUCUGAGCCCUGGCGUCAGCACCACUGACAAGAUUUUGGGGCUGUUUUCGUCUGGGUUUGCUCUUUGUUUUCCCAUUGGGCCGCUGAGGGCGCCGUUUCCAUCUUGCUCGGUGUUUUUGUCCCUCCUUUUGUUUUUAUAGGCUCAGCUAACGGCAGCCGUUUAAAAUCUCUGCUCUCAACGAGGGUUUGAUCCGGGCUCCCCUAGAUUUCCCUAAAAGGUGUGGAAAUGGCGUCAAGAUUUGAUUUUUACGUCUAUUUGAUUGAUGGGUUCUGAUUGAUUUCGGGUUGGUCAAAUCGGCGGUUAAGUGUUUCUGUUGCUUGGUAGGAAGAUGAACGGAGCACUUUUCGUUGCGAUUGCCGCUGCGGUUGGUAAUUUGCUUCAGGGCUGGGAUAAUGCUACGAUCGCAGGGGCUGUUCUUUACAUAAAGAGGGAAUUUCAAUUGGAGACUCAGCCCACCAUCGAGGGGCUAAUCGUAGCCAUGUCCCUGAUCGGGGCCACAAUCGUCACAACAUUUUCGGGGCCGUCAUCGGAUUAUCUUGGCCGACGACCCAUGUUAAUAAUCUCAUCAGUUCUCUACUUUAUAGGCAGCAUGUUAAUGUUAUGGGCUCCCAAUGUCUACAUGUUACUCCUGGCGAGACUCAUCGAUGGCCUUGGCAUCGGUUUAUCAGUAACUCUUGUUCCUGUUUAUAUAUCUGAGACUGCGCCAGCUGAUAUCAGAGGGUUACUGAACACAUUCCCUCAGUUCUGUGGCUCUGGGGGAAUGUUUUUUUCGUAUUGUAUGGUUUUUUGUAUGUCAUUAAUGCCGCAGCCAAAUUGGAGAGUGAUGCUUGGGGUUCUGUCGAUUCCUUCGCUUUUGUAUUUUGCUCUGACGAUAUUUUAUUUGCCUGAAUCCCCGAGGUGGCUUGUGAGUAAAGGUCGAAUGGCUGAGGCGAAAAGGGUUCUUCAGAGGUUACGCGGAAGGGAAGAUGUUGCAGGAGAAAUGGCUCUCCUAGUUGAAGGCUUGGGUGUAGGAGGGGAGACAUCCAUUGAAGAGUACAUAAUAGGACCAGCUAACGAUCUCAACGACGAGCAAGCCCCAGGUGCAGAAAAGGAACAAAUUACCCUCUAUGGACCUGAAGAGGGCCAAUCAUGGAUUGCUCGUCCUGCAAAGGGCCAGUCCAUGCUCGGAAGUGCCCUUGGCGUCAUCUCUCGUCAUGGAAGUAUGGAGAACCAAGGAAGUAUGGCUUUCAUGGAUCCCCUCGUCACGCUAUUUGGUAGUGUCCAUGAGAACUUACCGCAGUCAGGAAGCAUGAGAAACUCAAUGUUUCCGAAUUUUGGCAGCAUGUUCAGUGUUGCAGGACAACAUCCAAAGACCGAGCAGUGGGAUGAAGAGAAUGGGCCAAGGGAGGUUGACUAUGCCUCUGAUGGUACUGGAGGUGAUUCUGAUGAGAAUUUACACAGUCCUCUACUAUCUCGUCAGACAACAAGCAUGGAAGUCAAGGACCUGACGGCACAUGGCACUCAUGGGAGUAUGAGGAGAAAUAGUAGUCUGCUACAGGGGACGAGCGGGGAGGCAAUGGGCAUUGGCGGAGGAUGGCAGCUUGCGUGGGUUCAAGACAAGGAAGGAGGUCUUAAGAGAAUUUAUCUUCAUGAGGGCAUUCCUUCAUCGCGAAAGGGAUCGAUUCUUUCGAUCCCAGGAGGCGAUGUCCCUGAAGAAAGCGAUUUUGUCCAAGCUGCUGCAUUAGUGAGCCAGUCUGCGCUUUUCUCAAAAGAUCUGCUGAAUCAGCACCCGGUCGGACCUGCAAUGGUUCAUCCAUCCGAGGAAGCUACCAAAGGCCCGAGAUGGGCAGAUCUUCUUGAACCUGGAGUUAAGAGCGCAUUGGUGGUUGGCGUUGGAAUCCAGAUCCUUCAGCAGUUUUCUGGCAUCAAUGGGGUUCUCUACUACACUCCUCAAAUACUAGAACAAGCAGGCGUAGGACUUCUUCUCUCGAAUCUUGGCCUCAGCUCUACCGCAGCAUCAAUCCUUAUAAGCGCCCUGGUUACCUUGUUAAUGCUCCCUUCCAUAGGUAUUGCCAUGAGAUUCAUGGAUAUUGCUGGACGAAGGUCUCUUCUUCUAACCACCAUUCCUAUCCUCAUGGGUACAUUGGUCAUUCUCGUAAUAUCCAAUUUGAUAGAGUUCGGUCAAGUACUCCAUGCAGUGCUCUCAACUGUCAGCGUUAUAGUUUAUUUCUGUUGCUUUGUGAUGGGUUUUGGUCCUAUCCCCAAUAUUUUAUGCUCUGAGAUUUUCCCAACUCGGGUUAGAGGUGUUUGCAUUGCUAUUUGUGCUUUGACAUUCUGGAUUGGAGAUAUUAUUGUCACUUAUUCUCUCCCUGUGAUGCUCAAUUCCAUUGGUUUGGCUGGAGUUUUCGGUAUCUAUGCGGUGGUUUGUACCAUAUCUUUGGUGUUUGUUUACUUGAAGGUUCCGGAAACAAAGGGUAUGCCUUUAGAAGUUAUUACUGAGUUCUUUGCUGUUGGUUCCAAACAAACUGCGAAGAAUUGAAAUGAUAUUCUCUUAGCUCGAGUUUAUCUUUGGAGUUGUUAAGGUUGUGAUGGGAUGAGGAAGAAAACGAGAGGGAGCUCGGUAUUUUGAUAAGGGAUGAUAAGAUGCAGCGAGCUUUUUGGGCAAAAUUAUAUAAUCUUUUUGCUAACAGAAGUUACUGUUGUAAGCUCUUCUUUCAUUUUAUGCUUCCCUUUCUUUCUUUGUUCUUGGAUUUAGUUCUUAAGAAGUUAGUACUGUAAUGCAUUUCAGGAAAAAUAAGUUGAACCAGAAUGAUAAUAGAUCCUCUUAGUGACAAUUCCGAAAUUUCCUGCCUC